AUGCCUACCUUGAUUCCAUCGGUAUCCAUAGGCUCCGAGUCGUACUCACGACUACCCCCGUCAGAACAGCGCAAGGCCCACAAGUUGGGCACCCUCUCGUGUGUCUCACUCAUCACGAACAAGAUGAUUGGCACAGGCCUCUUCAGCACCCCUUCGAUUAUCUUCAAGUACUGUGACGGCAAUGUGCCCUUGUACCUCAGCUUGUGGGUUUUGGGUGCGUUGAUUAUCUUUAGUGGGCUUUUGGUGUACUUGGAGUUUGCGCUAAAUCUCCCGCUUCAAAAUGGUGGAGAGAAAAACUACUUGCUUCGAGUUUUCAAGCAGCCCAAGGGGCUUGCGGGAUGCGUGUACGCGUUCCAGAUGGUGUUUUUGGGCUUCAGCUCUGGCAAUUCCUUUGCGUUUGGCAAGUACAUCUGGUAUGCGAUCACUGGAGACAAGGUGGGGGAGGACGACUGGACGUCCAAGACCAUUGGUGUGUUGUGCAUCACCGUUUGCAUUUGGCUUCAUAUUCAGUAUCCAAAUCAGGCAACGUCGCUUUUUAACUUCUUAGGCAUGUUCAAAAUUGUCAUUUUAGUACUUAUUGUUGCCAUUGGCUCCUUGGUCGCUGUGGAUGUUAUCCAGGUGCCCGAGUCGCCGAAUAACGUUGAUCUUGUUCAUACUGGAGUCUCUAGCAAUUUUUAUUCGGUGUCAGUGGCGCUUUUGGAGAUCGUCUAUUCUUUUAAAGGGUGGGAGAACGCAAAUUAUGUCCUCUCAGAGAUUGCUGACCCGUACCAUGUCCUUACCAUUGCAGCUCCCAUGGCUGUACUCUUGGUGACACUUUUAUACUUCUUGGUCAUUGUCAGCUAUCUCAUUGUGAUUCCUAAAGACGAAUUGCUCAAUAGCGGCGUUCUUGUUGCUGGGAUUUUCUUCAAUAAAAUCUUCGGUGAGUCUAUAACGUCGAAGAUGUUGCCGCUCAUGAUAGCCAUGCUGACCUUGGGAAACGUGAUGGUGGUUUCUUUUGCCCACUCAAUCGUCAACCAGGAGCUCGCACGCAACAACUAUCUUCCGUUCUCUAACGUGUUUCAGAAUUUGAACUACUCUUUGAUAUUGCACUGGUUCGUGACGGUCGUGAUUCUCGUGGGCCCGCCAAGUGCCGACGUCUAUGAGUUUGUUGUCAACUUGUACAUAUACCCGGGCACGUGGAUCAAUGUUGCAAUUACCGCAGGCAUCGUAUAUCUUAAGCUCAACGCACAGAAGGAAAACUGGGGAAAAAUGAAGUAUGUUGAGGAUUUAGAAGUCAUCGACGACGACGAAACCAUUCCUGAAUCAACACCAACGCCUGCCGAAACUCCAGACUUAGAAGGCAACUCAGUGCUAUCCUAUGUUCCUGACGGACAAGAUUUCGACUCACGUUUCACCGAGUUCAACCUGUUAAUUCUGGACGGUCACUCCCAUUUUACUACCAAUCACAAGACAUUUUCUGCAUCUUGGGCUUGUGUGAUCUUAUUCCUCGUGACCAACAUCUUUCUAGCAAUAUUGCCUUUCUUCCCUCCUCCUGAAGGAACUGUUGAUAGUACCAUUCCAUACUGGUGCUUCCCUGUGGUGGGCACUGGAUGUCUUGUCAUAGGAGCCAUUUUUUACUAUGCACGGCAAUUCUACUACGAAGAGAAAGGGUGGCAACCCCCAGCCUACGAAGACGAUUAUCAAAACUGA